AUGUCGAAAAGCCAAUCUGGAGACGUUCUAACGAAUGGGUUCAGUGAAUAUAAAGAUGGAUAUGAAAAACUAAGCCAAAGCACUUGUCACCAAUUUUUGCGCCGACAUUUGAAUAAUACUGUGAUCCCAAUAUUACUGAUAUGUUUUGUACCCAAUCUUGUCAUAUUCUUGUGGUUUACGGCCGUCAAAUGCAAUGGAAGUUACUUAAAAAUGUUGGAAGUCUUCUCUGGAGUUUCUGUGUUCGAUGGGCUCUAUUCGAUUUGGAGUCAAGUAAGGUUUGGCAGUUGGACAACUUCUAGUAUUCUUAUUGGUUAUUGUGUGUACGCUCUGGCCAUGAUGAAGCUUCUUCCAGGUAAACGUGUAGAAGGACCUGUUACCCCAAAAGGAAAUGUACCCGUUUAUAAAGACAAUGGUUUUUUGUUUUACAUUACCACUAUGGGUUUGUUUGCCAUAUUGACAGUUGUGCUAAAACAAUUUGGAUCCAGUCCCACUAUUGUUUAUGAUAGGUUUGACGAAGUAUUGACAACUCUAAACAUCUUUAGCUUUGUGUUCUGUUGGUUCUUGUAUAUCAAAGGAUUAUUUGCACCGUCUACAACUGAUAGCGGAACAACCGGCAAUGUAAUCCUUGAUUAUUAUUGGGGCACAGAACUAUAUCCUCGCAUAUUUGGCUUUGAUAUUAAAACAUUCACUAAUUGUCGAUUCGGCAUGAUGGUGUGGGCUUUACUGGUCUCAAUUUUCGCGCUCAAAAGCUACGAACUACAUGGAUUUGUGGACAGUAUGUUUGUAUGCGCAACUUUGCAGCUCAUCUACAUCACCAAGUUCUUUUGGUGGGAAGCUGGCUACCUGAAAACAAUUGAUAUCAUGUUAGAUCGAGCUGGAUUUUAUAUUUGUUGGGGAUGUUUGGUAUACGUUCCCGGACUGUACACAUCUGUUAGUCUGUAUAAUGUAAACCAACCCGUACAUCUCGGACCAUUGUUAACUUCUUUGUUCUUGGGGAUGGGUAUAGUCAGUAUUUACAUCAAUUAUCAAGCAGAUGAACAGAAACAACAAGUGCGGUAUGCAAAUGGUAAUUGCCUUGUUUGGGGAAAGAAACCUGAAAUCAUCCGAGCAACCUAUCGCCUAGAAAAUGGCGACAAGAAAGAGAGCAUUCUGUUAGCUUCCGGUUGGUGGGGUUUGUCACGACAUUUUCAUUACAUUCCAGAAAUUAUGUUGGCUUUCUGUUGGACCAUACCAUCACUUUUAUAUAACUUAAUGCCGUAUUCCUACGUCAUUUUUCUAGUCAUAUUAUUGACACACAGAAGCUUCCGGGAUGAUGAAAAAUGUGGAAACAAAUAUGGUGUCUUUUGGCGGGAAUAUUGUCAAAAAGUCCCACAUAGAAUCGUCCCUGGACUAUUUUAG